AGGCAAUGUGAACAUUGAGGAUGUGACAAAUCGCGCCAUUCAUAAUACUUGUUGUCAAGUUCACGAAGUUACAGAAAUGACCGAUUUCUGCGAUCCAGGAACGAUCCAGCCGGUGGAAACGCUGGAUGAGCUAAUUAAACAACUGAGAGAUAUAUUCGAACAUGAUAAAGUCAAUGUCGACUACGUUAAGGCACUCAUGGCCACUUAUAAGUCGAAUCCGAGGGAGUGGAAGAAAUACGCAAAAUGUGACCCACAUCGAUACACACGCAACCUCGUGGAUGAAGGAAAUGGGAAAUUCAACCUGAUGUUACUAUGCUGGGGCGAGGGGCAAAUGAGCAGUAUCCAUUCCCAUGCCAACGCACACUGCUUCAUGAAGAUUUUGGAGGGUACGUUGACUGAGCACAUGUACGCCUGGCCGACAGAGUCAGACUCGACAGACGAACACCAGAUGGUGGAAUUGCAGACGAAUACGUACGGAAGGGACGAAGUCACCUAUAUAUGCGAUGAAGUUGGACUACACAGAGUGGCUAACCCUAGCCACACCGACUUAGCUUGCAGCCUCCACCUCUAUUCGCCGCCCUUCGACGAGUGUGACACGUUCGAUGAACGCACCGGGAAACGCCAGAAGUGCAAAGUGACCUUCUGGAGCAAGUUUGGCCAGCGGACGCAGUUCAGACCAGCGACGACAAAUAGUUCCGUUAGCCGCAAACCUUCUCUCAUCUAAUACAUCACAGUUUGAGACACUUUUUUGAUACGCCACUGUCUACGAAUCCACGCUUUUGUUGACUGACUACAUCACAAUGAACGAAUCCUGUCGACAUAUUUUCCCGAACAACCUCAAUUCGUGAGAAGAAAAAUCACUAAAAAACAGUUUUUACAUAUUAUUCUCGAUGGAGACAUUCAGAACGAGCUUUGUAUUCAGAGGUGCCAGUAGAAAGGAUCGGUAAAUGCAUCAUUUACUGCUGAAUGUGUUACGUAGUGGCCGUUAGAAUUCUGAAUUAUUUUGGAUAUGGAUCCCUGGAAGUGUCCGUGGCUGUUUCAUGCCAGUUUUUGGGACUCCUUUAUGGUAAAAAUGCCUCUGUACGCCUUGAACACAGAAUUUCCUUUUCACUUUCAGUGCUUUUAGACCCUUCCCUUUGCUGGAGACAUACAAUGUAGACACGAUGAUAAAAAUCUUGAGAGGUAACGCCAUCUUUUUGAUCAACUCAUUGGUAUUUUUCGAGACGGGGUUCCGCCCAUAACAGGCCUUCACUACGUAAUAAGAGGUAAUAAUAUUAAAGGAAGUGACUACUUGGCAAGCCCGGCUUACCAAACAGCGACUUUUAUUUGUCCUGAAUGGAGAGCCGAACUCAUUAAUAUUAAAGUAAAGUCUCCAGCUCGCCAAACAGGGUAGAUUUUUACCUGUUUGGCAAGCCCGGCUGGCCGAACAGGGUGGCUUUUUAGUGCUGUUUGGCAAGCGGCUCUCCAAACAGGACAAAAAAAAGAUGCCUGUUCUACGAGCGGCUUGCCAAAUAGACCCGGCCAAUAUUAAAAGUACUGGCCGACAGGAUGGGGUUAAAACAGUACACGAACAAGAAUGUAUGACUAAUAGUAGAAAUAGUUGAUCAAAAAGAUGGUGUUUAAGUCAUACUAUGAUGUGAUUUUCAACUUUGCGGAAAUACGUCCGUUUUUAAUUGUUGAUCACAAAUGUAAAGCUCAAAUUUUCCAUUUUUGAUUAGAUUUAUUAUAAAAUUGCUGAAUGUAAACCACCGCGACCGCGAAAAUGUUCAUGUUGUGACGUCAUCAACGAAAACGGCAUCGAAGCGAGCCGUCCGGGCGGGAUUAAACCAUCAAUUUCUAGAAAAUGUGCAUUUCGAUUCGAAAACCUUACUGAUUUAUGAGAAAGUGACGUAGUCAUUUGUCAAAAACAGCUAAAACAUUACAUGGUGAAAUUUGACACGAGUUACCCUUUAACCCUCGAGUUUUUUAUUCUGUUUGCAACGAUCAACAAGGCUACCUGGAAUAUCACAAUGGAGGCAUGAGAUUUUCAUGGAUGAACAAGUGAUCCACACAAUUUGAUAUUGACGCAAAAGAUUCCUUAUGUCUUCCCAGAUGUCUUGUCUUGUAAUAUUUAGCAUACUUAAGAGUGUUGUGAUUCCCAGGUAGCGCACCAGGGAACGGAAAAAAGCGACGAUACCAGACAUAGCCGAGAAUCGACACCUGAUGGAAACAUGUACUUGUAUUUGUCUGUCGAUUAUCUGCAGUUCAAAAUGCUCAAAUUGAAAUGGUUAUGGUCUGACAGUGUACUUAGCUUAACUCUUUCAGCCCCACACCGAGAUAUCUCGGCUCGGUGUUCAUGUCCAAAUCUUCUACAGACGAGAUAUCUCGGUAGGCUCGAUAGUUAAAGAAAUAUCGUCAUUUGACGAUCCCAAGCAAUUGCCACGCCACCUACAGCCAUUCUACAUGAAUCAGCUAGAUCAGCAGACAAUAUAUAGAGUGUUCGUAGAUGGCGUGGCGAGCGUUAAGCGGGAUUCCCCAUGUGUACUUUCACUGCUGAAAAAAUCACCGAAGAGUUUGGCACUGUGCGGGAAAAAACCGCCCAGGGCUGAAAGAGUUUUUAAAAAAUUAAUUUUCUGAAUUGGUGCUGCCCCCUUUUAACGAGAAGCUCAACUGUCACUUGCUCAUCUUCUGAGGACCAAGUGAUGUACCAAACUUUAUAAUGGAAUUUAUUUUGACAAAGUAACCCGGAUCAGUCCGGUUACACCAAAAGUGGUCCACUAUUUUCCGCUUCAUACACCUUUCUUUUGAAACUUAAUCAUUUCGAAUAUAGAAAUAAUGUUAUUUUCAAGAUGUGACAUGUAUUUCCUACUGUAGUAGUCUUUGGCGUUCGGUGUAAGAGUGGUCUAUGAUGAUGGUAGCAUGUUUUCUGUUUUUUUGCGGCCACCCUGUAUUGGUAUUCUGACUUCUGCUGCCACCUUUUGUUUUUUUUUUGUAAUUAACUUCUUCAUUGGUGGAGGGCACAAGUUUUCUUUGACGACAUUCUCUGAGCAGACAGUUCAGGCAUAUAUUCAUUCUGAACUUUUGCUGCCCCCUUUUGGAUAUUUUUGUAGCUAAGUUCUUCAUUGGUGAAGAGCACAAGUUUUCUUGGCUAAACUUCAGAAUCCCCGAUCGGAAAUGACGUAGUUUGAUCGCAUUCAACUAUAAAUCCAUUGAACAGUGGUGCUUCGUUAGUCAACCGAUGACCUUUUUUUGGGGUGUGAUCGGGGAUUGUAAACUCGUUUCGUUUUCUUUGACGACAUUCUCUGAGCAGACAGUUCAGGCAUAUAUUCAUUCUGAAAUUUUGCUGCCCCCUUUUGCAUGUUUUUGUAGCUAAGUUCUUCAUUGGUGGAGGGCACACGUUUUCUUUGACGACAUUCUCUGAGCAGACAAGAUAAUGUUCAGGCAAAUAUUCUCUCCGCGGUCACUGGCUUCCAAGUCGUGACAUCCGGCUUAUUACACUUGUGGAAAUUGAAAUGGAAGUUAACAGCAGCCAUAGUGUAGUACCCACUAAGCUUGAAAUGUUUUUAAAAUGCUUUUUUAAAUACAUCAAUUUUGCCUAAGAUGUUAAAAUGCACUGUUCUAAUCAUGACUAUAACUUUCAUUUAUGUGAUAGGCCUGAGAGUCUUGCCUAAUUUUUGGCCAUGGAGGCCACGCAGAGACGGAAUGAAGUCUUCAAUGAUUUAAGUUCCGGUGAUGUGAAGGGAGAAUGCUUUGACUGUUCAUCUCCCUGCCCAAUUCAGAUGCAGCUUAAUGACACUAUGUCAUUGUCUCUUAAAGGGAGACUACAGCCAGGAGCAUGCGGGUCAAAUUGGCCAUCUCCCGGUGAAUAAUAUACACGAUAAGGGCACAGGGUCAUAUUAGUUUUAGCACAAAAUAUAUUCCUCGUACCAGAGUAAAUAGUUUCGACGUACUGUGAGAUGUGAGAGACCCCUAUUGGCGACUUCGUGUAACUUUAUCUUGCCUACCUAGCUACUUUCUAUAGAGUGCCUUUAAGUGCCUGCACACGUGUGAAUUUUGUGCGACCAUGAUCGCAUGUGAUAAAAACUUGCUUGUGUGUUCAUCUAAAUCGUUGAUCUCUACGGCAUGUAUUCAACAACAGACCCAGUGAUUACCGGUUUAACCGCAGAUGGGCAAUAUUCUCAUCAUUGCAGCGAUGAUUCUCACUUGUCACCGCGAUAAAAGUCGCUCAUUUGCAAGCAUUUAUUUUCUGGUGUACUUAAGGGGACGCUAUGAGGUGUGCGCAUGGUGAACUAACUAUAAUCCCGGAAACAUACAAUGCUUUUUAUUUUCUUGUUUUCAAAUAUGGCAGCUCAAAAGAAAAUCUCACACAAAUUACAAUAGAACCUCUCUAUUAAGUACAGACACCCUCGGGACAGACAAGUACUGUCCUUAAUAGAGAGGUGUCCUGAUUAGAGAGGUCACAUGAAAUGGAAAAAAACGAAUUUGGGACCAAAACUAGCAUCUGUAAUAGAGAGGUUGUCCUUAUUAGAGAGGGUGUCCUUAAUAGAGAGGGUGUCCUUAAUAGAGAGGGUGUCCUUAAUAGAGAGGUUGUCCUUAUUAGAGAGGGUGUCCUUAAUAGAGAGGUGUCCGCUAAGGGAAAUUCCACUGUGCUUGACAUCUAAAAGGGUAAUCUCGCACAAAUUGCAGUGAAAAACCUUGAAAUAAUUAAAUGGCCACCAAUAUUUCUGGGUUGACGUUCGUUUGUAUUAAGUUGUUUGCAGUGAUUUUGUGUUUGAAUAAAGCACUUCAAGGUCAACUCUAGGCCUUUACAACUGUAGUGAAUGUCUCUCGCCCAAAUGAGCUGUUUUUUGUUAUCCAAGAGUUGAUGACUGUAAGUGUUAUAGAAUUGUGAUCAAUAAAUAUAUUUAACUUAAA